CUCAGACAGCUACUGGGCACCGCCGAAGGGCCAGCCCAGGAGUGGGACAAUAAAAUCCCUGACACCACUGUUCAAGAGGCCUCGGGGGGGUGGAAGGCCAGGCCAGCUGCAGGGUAUAAAGCUGUUCCCGCUCCCGGCACAGCACUGCAGCACAGUUGUUGGCCAGGCUCCUCCAGCGCUCUCCAAUGGAUAUCACCAUCCACAACCCCCUGAUCCGCAGACCUUUCUUCUCCUGGUUGGCACCCAGCCGUAUCUUUGACCAGAUUUUCGGGGAGCACCUGCCGGAGUCGGAGCUGCUCCCUGUUUCCCCCAGCUUCAGCCCCUUCCUGAUGAGAUCCCCCAUCCUUCGGAUGCCCAGUUGGCUAGAGACAGGACUCUCAGAGAUGCGACUGGAUAAGGACAAAUUUUAUGUGAACCUGGAUGUGAAGCAUUUCUCCCCUGAGGAGCUGAAGGUGAAGGUGCUCGGGGACAUGAUCGAGAUCCACGGGAAGCACGAGGAGCGCCAGGACGAGCACGGCUUCAUCGCCAGGGAGUUCAGCAGGAAAUAUCGGAUCCCGGACGACGUGGACCCGCUGAGCAUCACGUCCUCGCUGUCGCUGGACGGGGUGCUGACCGUCAGCGCUCCCCGCAAGCAGAGCGAUGUCCCCGAGCGCAGCAUCCCCAUCACCCGCGAGGACAAACCCGCCAUCGCAGGCGCCCAGAGGAAGUGAGGGCUGCUCUGCUGUCCCCAAACCACCCCUGCAGGGUCAUUCCACAGCUCCUUCCUCCGCCAGGUGCCGGCUGCACCCAGUGGCUGCUCGUAUUAUUUAUGCUGAGUAAGUUUACUAACGAAUAAAACCAUGGAGAAGCA